AGAAAACCUCGGACAUAUCCCCGUGCUUUAACUGAGACAGAUAUAUACCUUCGACAUGUACCCUUUUUAACGCGAUUCUGAAGACAAAACCUUUUUAAGCUGUGUCUUCCCCAAAACCUCGACGCAAUAAGCAAAACCCGACGACUUUUCCACCUUCCUUCCCCUGUCCGGGCGGCUCUCUUCCUCCGCCCGAUAAGGAUUCUAGAUGGCUCCAAAGAGAAACCGAUCAACCAGAGCAGAGUCCAUCACAGCUCCCACUUCCUAUCCUGAGUAUGCCACAGUACAGUUCAGGGAUGAGGCCCAGCGUGAGAAUUACGAAGACUUAAAAAACAAGACCAUAGGCACCAUCAGUUGGCCGUGUGAAAAUACUUUGGCCCAAGUAGGGGCACGGGAUGCUGUUAUGGGGCUCCUCGAUCACAAGGAUUGGCAACAUUUAUUCUUCGGGUUGAAUGAACCCACCUAUCUUGAGCUGACAUGGGAGGUUCUCUCAUCCAUGGACGUUCCAAGGAAGAUUCAUGACAAUAGAGCCAAAGUAAUCUCUUUUCGGGGGUUUGACCAAGAAUUUUCUAUUUCAGCCAAUGAAUGACAAGAAUUUUUUCUCUUGGGGGCAAUUUCACCAUCUUCUAAUAUUUAUUAAGAACUUCUAAGGCAUUAGUGAGCUUUUAUUGGGGGCAGCUGCUCCCAUUACUACCUAAGUGGAUUCGCCCCUUGGACUUGGGAGAGAAUUAGCAAAUUUUGAUUUUAAUUAUGUGGCAAUGAUAUGGCUAGAGAAAAGUAUGAAAAACCAAAUAUGCAAGGAUCGUGAAUAUAGAUGCUUUUAAAAAGACGUUCUUGAUUUAUGAUGAUGAUGAUGAAUUGAAUGCCAAAAUGUAACGGUUGUUGUGCCGCUAAGUUCCAA